AUGUUGUGGUGCUCUGCAAUCGUGGGAUGUACUGCUGGAUUAUACUGUGCUACUAAUGGAUUAGGCGCUGGUGGUGGGAAACCUGGCUAUGCACAAGUUGCAAAUAUCGAUACUGCUAUUGGUGAUGUUCUUUGGCUGUUUUCCUCCUUAUUUGCAGGUACACUGAUCAAUAAACUAGGACCAAAUGUUUGUAUGGUUUUGGGAAGUUUGGCUUAUCCAAUGUAUAUUUCUGGAUUUUGGUUUUAUGAUAAACUUGGUAUUGGUUAUUAUUCUUAUUUAGUUUCUGGUGUUGCAGCUGGUAUAUUGUUUGGGUUCUUAUGGACAACACAAAAUUACUUGGUUACUUGUUAUGCUACCGAAAACCAUAAAGGGUUUUUCGUUGCUUGUAAUUGGGGUGUUAUUAACUUGGGUGCUGCUCUUGGGUCUGUUAUUGCUAUUGGUGUUAGUAAAGACAAAACAGAAAGAAGUGCUGGUGUUCCAUGGUAUUUAUAUCUGAUCUUUAUAAUAAUAAACCUUGGUGGAGCAGUAAUGGCUAUUUUCCUCAAACAUCCCAAAAAUGUUGUUAGAAAUGAUGGUUCCAAGAUUGCAGUUUUCCAAAAUAGAACUUUGAAAGAGAAUUUGGUAGCGUUGAAACAAUCAUUAAUGGAGAGAAGAAUCCAAUUGAUGAUCUUACCAUUAUUUUCAGCGGAGACAAUUUUAGCACCUGCAGCUAACUUGAAUGGGUUUAUGUUCAAUGUUCGGUCAAGAACUUUAAAUAAUUUUUCAUUUUGGGCAGUUCAAAUUCCUGGAGCAUUUGCAUUAUAUUUUUUACUUGAUCAAAAGGGGAAAUCAAGAAAGAUGAGAGGUUACAUGGGGUUAGGAUUGACAUAUUUUUUUGUAAAUUGUUUCUUUAUUGGAUUCUACAUAAUGUAUGGUGCUUGGGGUAAAGCCAAAUUUGAUCCAGCUAGUCCAGAAUCCGAACUACCUGAUUUAGAUUGGUCAAUGAAAACAUAUGCUGGUCCAUAUGUUUGGUAUGUUUGUGGUGGUAUCGCUUUUGGUCUUUUCCUAGAUAUGAGACUUUGGAUUAUUGGUGCAUUCAGUAAUGAUCCUCAGAAAUUGAGUUUAUACUCUGGUGUUAUUCCAGCUUGUCAAGCAGGUGGUAUUGCCCUAGCCUUUGGAUUAAAUGCUACAUCAUUAAGCUUCACAAGCAUCAUGGCAAUCUGGUAUGUGUUUUAUAUGGCUAGUUUGCCGUGCUUGAUUCUUUGCAUCAAGUGGUAUAUUACAGAUACAAACUAUUUUGCUGAACAAGAUGUCAUUGUGCCACAAGAGGCUAUUCUUGACCAGAAAGAAGUAAGAUUUAGAUCGAUCUAA